AUGCCUGGUUCAACGGUUGAGACCCCAACUGUUGCGCUGUCUUUUGCAAACAACUUUUGGGGUAAAGAAGAUGCCGGAGUUACGCCUUUGCUUAGUCGCAUGACUGCGGCCAAGACGACAUGCGAUGAAUUGAGAGCAUUCUAUGGCGCUCGAGCGUCGAUUGAGGAGGAAUACUCCCGAAAACUACUAAACCUUAGUCGCAAGUCGCUAGGUUCUCAAGAAUCUGGCACACUGAAGACAUCGUUGGACACCGUCCGGGGCGAAGUGGAACAGAUGGCCAAACAACAUCAGCUUAUCGGCGCCGAGAUGAAGUCUGAACUCGAAGAACCAUUAGCCGCUUUCGCUGGUGGAAUGAAGGAACGCCGGAAAAUUAUACAAAACACUGUCGAAAAAAUCCUCAAGGUUAAGAUGCAACAAACACAAGUAGUCAACAAGACACGAGACAAGUACGAGCAAGAGUGUUUAAAGAUCAAAGGUUACCUUGCUCAAGGUCACAUGGUCAUGGGCCAAGAAGAACGCCGUAACAAAGCCAAACUAGAAAAGACACAGAUCGCUCUUGCGGCAUCCAGCACCGAAUAUGAAAACGCCGUCAAAGCACUCGAAGAUACAACAGCCCGAUGGAACAGAGAAUGGAAAUCAGCUGCUGACAAAUUCCAAGACCUGGAAGAAGAGCGCCUGGAUUUCACCAAGAGCAGCCUGUGGACAUUUGCCAACAUUGCCUCAACGGUAUGUGUUAGUGAUGAUUCGUCGUGUGAAAAGAUUCGACUGUCCUUAGAAGUUAUGGAUGUGGAGAAGGAUAUCAUCACCUUCAUCACUGAGAAGGGGACCGGACAAGAGAUCCCAGAUGCACCCAAGUACAUCAACUUUUGCCGUGGGGAUGUGACCGACAACCAGUCUGAGACAUCAGAGGACGACAACUACUCAGUAGCACAGUUCCCUCGCAUGAUCAACCCUGCUUUCCGAUCGUCCUCUCCUCAGCCAUCAACCUUUGAGUCGCAUCAUGAUCCAAACUCUGCGUUGGCCAAGGAACUGGCACACAAAGAUAACGCUCCAGCCAAGCGUGAGCCUAAUGCUCCAGUACAGAAGUCGGCCACGCUACCUCCUGACGAUAUACUCCAAAUCGGUCCUCAGAAGACACAGCCCCAACAGAUCCAGGCGGCUCCUCAGCAGCGUCAACAUCACCAAUCUCAGAUGCAACAUCCCUCUCAACUGCAACACCACUCUCAACUUCAGCGGCCCUCCCAAAUGCAGCGCCCGUCCCAACUACAGCAUCCUUCACAGAUGCAACAUCCCUCUCAACUGCAACACCCUUCUCAACUACAGCAUCCUUCUCAACUCCAAUAUCCUUCCCAAUCGCAGCGUUCUUCUCAGCCACAGCGUCCUUCUCAGCAUCCUGCUCAAUUGCAGCAUCAAUCUCAACAGCAAUACUCCUCGCAGCGCCAGCACCCUUCCCAGCAGGCUCCUCACAAUAUGGAUCAUCGUAUGCAACAGCAAAUGAGGCCCUUGGAGAUGAGGCCAGCAGAUAUGCGAAACGCAAACAUGCGGCAGCACGAACCUAGGCCUUCUUUGGAAAUGCGCUAUUCUGGAGAAGUGCGACCUUCAAUGCAAUCUCGACCCAGUGUUGAUACGAGACAGGCACCAGAUGCGAGAACCUCUUUGGAGCUACGACGACCUAUUGAGGACCCCUCCCGCCGUCAGCAACCUGCUACCUACACUGCAUAUGAUGCUAACCAGCACGGUGCGGUCUCGGCGGUUCCCCACGAUCCCUAUCCCAUGGAGGGCAUGACUAUGCUCUGCAGGACUGGCCCAAGCCCAAUCUCAGAUCACGAUUCGCAGGUAACAUCAGCUCGACCUUCCAGCAGGGACUCGCAUAGUGAUUAUUCGAACCCGAACUCGUUCUCUAGCGUCGAGCCCCCUAGUGGCAAGACCUCGCCGGUUAAGCAGGAUCCUGCUCCCGCCCCCGCGCCAGCUCCUGUACAAACUCGAGCGCCAGCACCAGCUGCAGCGCCAGCACCGUCUCCUGUACAAUCACGAGCGCCAGCACCAGUGGUGGCGCCUACACCAGCUCCCGUGCAAAAACGCACACUAGCGUCGACGCCAGCUGCUCUGACUCCCGCUUCCAAGCCCGCUCCUGCUCCUAUCGCUGCUGCCCCUGCCCUGGCACCAACGCCCACCGCCGCCGCCCCUACUCCCAGUCCUGUCAAACUGGUCGCUAAGAAGAAGAGCGGUGGUUUCCUAAAGAACCACAGUCCUUUUAGGCGCAAGAGCCAGAAGGAACUCCAACAGCAAAACAGGAACACUUGGCACGCCUCAAACACUCAAAGCCCGAGCAGCCCGGUUCGCAGACCCCAACCACAAACUCAAAGCUCAACAAAUAAUGUGGUGACUCAAGAACGCACUCAGAGCCCAGAGCCAAUUGAUGCCAAUGCCAGUUUGGCUCUUGGUGUUGGGCAGAAUGUGUUCCCUGUAUCAACCCCUGACACGAAAAACAAGCCUGGCGUUGCCGCAACUCAAGAACCCGCAGAGGAGAUGGAUCCCAUCGCACUUGCUCUUGCAGAGCUUAAGGGCGUUACCUUGGGCAAGAAUUCCUCGAUGAGGGUCUCAGCUGACCAUUAUUCUGGCAUUGCAACUCCAGCAUCUGGGUCGGAAGCAGCCUCACGACAAGCUUCUUCCACUCGGCCAGCACCGACUCCUUCGAACCCCGAUAUCGCAGCGGCAAAGAGAGGAACGCCUCCGCCAUCGUACCAAACCCCGACAUCACGACUAGGCGUUCCACCACCUGCUGUCACUUCAAGAGCGAUGAAGGAGGCCACGAAGAAGGCCACGUCGCAAACACGUAGCAUGUUUGAGAAUGGAGGUAGCACGCCGGGGGCAUUCAACAGUACCUCUUCAAGAUCCAACACUCGCGCUACCGAAACCAAGCGAGCAGAGCCAUCUUUGAGCCAAAGUGUCCCACCAACUGCUUCACGCACUGCCGCUAGAACCGCUACACACGGUAGAGGUGAGUCUGGAAGUUAUAGUUCAGCAUCCAUGUCUCGACCAGGCACCCGAGGUACCGAAAUGGGUCGAGGGGACCCCGCCGGUUAUGGCACAUCGCCUGCACGAUCGGGAACGAGGGCAACUGACAUGUCUCGUCCGGACACACGAGGCUUCAAUGCCAGCCCCCUUUCACGACCUGGCACCAGGGGAAGUGACAUGUCGCGCGGAGGAUCCGGUGUUUACGGCACAUCACCAGGCUCACGGCCAGGCACUAGAGGCACUGAUAUGCCUAGGGCCGCUUCGCCAGCUCCAGCCAGGAGUGUGUCCCCCCAACCACCAAUCAACGACAAUAUGAGUUAUAGAUCGGUAUCCCCAAACCCUUAUGCAGCCAGCCAACGCUCUCCCUCCGUUAUGAGCUCAGCACAGAAGCACGGCUCUGCUCAAGGUUACUAUCCUCAAUCCCCUGCCAGUCGCGGUCCCUCCCCUUCACCCUACGGCCAGCAGAGCCGACCUGGGAGCGGUUAUGCAGGCAGUGAUAUGGCAAUUCAGCUGGCACCGGUUUCAGAUCCUUAUGGUUCCGUGAGAAGUGGAGGCAGCCGCCCUGCUUCCAGGGCUAAUAGCUACUACGACGACGGUAGCACCCGUCAACGCAGUCAGAGCGUUGCUGAUCCUUCACGACUAUAUACUCCUGACGGCAGAGCUAUUCUUCAUUAUGCACGCGCUCUGUAUAUGUACCAAGCCGCCAUUCCCGAGGAGCUGAGCUUCGCCAAGGGUGAUUAUCUUGCUGUCCUGCGUCACCAAGACGACGGAUGGUGGGAGGCGGAAGUCCAUGGCGGAGAUGGAAGCGUCGGGCUGGUCCCAAGUAACUAUCUUGCGGCGUGCUAA